AUGUCGAGCGCGAUGAAGAAGGUGGAGAUGGUGCGGCAGAUCGUGAAGCUGAAGCAGGUCAUGGGUCGGUGGAGAAGCCUAAGCCUUCGCCCCCACCAUCGCGCCUCCCUGGCUUGCGAGGACGACGCCGGCUCUUCCUCGGGUCGGCCCAUCCCGCCGGGUUUCCUCGCCAUCUACAUUGGGGAGGAGCGGCGCCGCUUCAUCAUCCCGACUCGGUUCCUAAAUUUCCCGGUAAUCACCUCCCUGCUGAAGAAGUCAGAGGAGGAGUUCGGCUACAACUUCUCCGGAGGCCUCGUCCUCCCUUGCAGCGUCGACUUCUUCCGGCUGGUUCUGCAGCUCCUGGAGAAGAACGAGGCCAAAUACAAACUGUUCAGCAUCGAAGACUUCGUGGAGCUUAGCGGAACCGGUGGGAUCGAGGACCCCGAUCCCUUCUCCUGCAGGGACGACGUCGCCGCCGACGAUCGUUACAAUGGGUUCUCGCCGCUGCUCCAGAAUGCUAGGGUUUGA